AACCUUUUUUUCACCGAAUGACAGAGAACUGGGUAACUAGGGAGUGAAGGCUCUGUGCUUCCCGACCUUCAGGAGUCCCCGGUACCACGACCACCGAGAUGAGAUGACCACCUGGAAUCCUAGAGCGGAACCGGAAGUGAGCGUAGCUCCCCGGGCCUGGCGGGAACGUGCCGGGGCCUGAGGCGAGUGUGUCAGGGGAACCGUUCCCUCGGCUUGGGAGUAUUGCCCGCGGCCCGGUUAUCUGGCUUGGCGCCAGAGGGGUCAGAGCUCCUCAGAGGUGGAAGCAGCGGCUGAGGGGAGGGUGUGUCUGCGCGGCGACCAUCGGGCCUCCUCCGCCGACGGCUCGUGGUGUGGGAGGAGCCCUCACCCCUCAGCCCGGGCCUGGGCUACCCGGAGCGUCGUUUUCGGACAGAUCGCUCUGGUUUCCUCGCCGGGGCUCGUACUCCCAGGCUUUAUUUAGGGCCAAAGUCUCCUCAGUUUUCCAUCUCCCAAGUAACCCCGCAGCUUUAGUGAGUAGUUCUGUGCUCACUAUUGUCGGUCUUAUCAGAGGAUGGCUUCACUUUCAGUGGAAUUGCUCAAGUAAUUGCCCGGUUGUCACCCAAACAAAAAUUUGUUUCAGCUACGUCUGUACUUUUUGUGUGUUAACAGGGUUUUCUUAUAUCAAAAGCUUUCCUUACCAAGGCGUGGGUGGGGACCUCAAGUAAAACCACCCGUCUGCCUUGCCUGGACCCUAGUCGAACAGUCUUCCUCUGAGCUGAACUAAGGAUGGCGGCAGCCCCCGGGGUCCUCCCAGCCCAGGCUGGCCAGGCUUCAGAGGAACCAGGGGAGAUUAUCCAAGUAAAGGUCAAAGAAGAAGACCAUAUCUGGGAUCAGGAAUCCUGCGUACAGAGGCAUUUGUCUCACACCAGGGAACUCUCUCGACAGCGCUUCAGGCAGUUCUGCUAUCAGGAGACUCCCGGCCCCAGGGAGGCGCUGAGCCGACUCCGGGAACUUUGCCGUCAGUGGUUGAGCCCCGAGAUACACACCAAGGAGCAGAUCCUGGAAUUGUUGGUGCUGGAGCAGCUCCUGACCAUUCUGCCCGAGGAGCUCCAGGCUUGGGUGCAGGAGCAGCAUCCUGAGAGUGGAGAGGAGGUGGUGACUGUGCUGGAAGAUUUGGAGAGGGAGCUGGAUGAACCUCGACAGCAGGUCCCACAGGGUGCAUAUGGGCAGGAAGUUCCUAUGGAAGAAAUGACAACUCUGGAUACUACAAAGGAGUCCUUAAGUACCCAUCUGCAGUCUCUAGAAGACAGAAUGGAAUGUGAAUCCCCAGAGCCACACCUCCUUCAAGAUAAUGAGUCAUUUUUGUGGCUUUCCAUGAUGUCUCAAAGCAUGGGUGAUGAUAACUUCAGUAGCUUAGAUACUAAUGAAGCAGAAAUUGAACCAGAAAACAUGAGAGAAAAGUUUUUCAGAAGCUUGGCAGUAUUACGAAACAAAAGUAAUAAUACCAAGAUAUUUUCUAAAGCAAAAUACUGUCAAUUAAUAAGGGAAGUGAAAGAAGCUAAAGCUAAGGCAAAAAAAGAAUCAGUUGACUACCGUCGCUUGGCUAGAUUUGAUGUGAUCCUUGUACAAGGGCAUGAGAAGCUGAUUGAGGCUAUAAAUGGGGAAACAGAUAAAAUACGGUAUUAUUUACACAGUGAAGACUUAUUUGACAUACUGCAUGAUACACAUCUCAGCAUUGGACAUGGUGGACGGACCCGCAUGGAAAAAGAGUUACAAGCAAAAUACAAGAACAUCACAAAAGAAGUUAUAAUGCUAUACUUGACACUCUGCAAACCAUGCCAACAGAAAAAUUCAAAACUCAAGAAAGUUCUAACAUCGAAGCCAAUUAAAGAAGUUUACUCAAGAUGCCAAGUGGAUCUUAUAGACAUGCAAUUGAAUCCUGAUGGGGAGUAUAAAUUUAUUAUGCAUUAUCAAGACCUUCGUACAAAGUUGAGUUUUUUGCGAUCAUUAAAAUCUAAAAGACCUAAGGAGGUUGCACAUGCUCUUUUAGAUAUUUUUACAAUUAUUGGAGCACCGAGUGUCCUACAAUCUGACAAUGGGAGAGAAUUUUCAAGCCAGAUUGUCAGUGAACUCAGUAAUAUUUGGCCAGAACUGAAAAUUGUCCAUGGGAAACCUCAGCCUUGCCAAAGUCAAAGUUCUGUAAAUCAGACUAAUGAGCAUAUCCAAAAUCAGAUUAUCUCCUGGAUGCAAACUAAUAAUUCAUCACACUGGGCUGAAUUUUUGUGGUUUAUUCAGAUGACCCAAAAUCAACCCUAUCACAGAGGCAUGCAGCAGACUCCAUGUGAAGGUACAUUUAUCUCUGAAGCUAAACUGGGCCUUCCUCAUUCUCAGUUAACUGAAGAACUUGUUGCAAGUCUGAACACAGAAAAUGAAUCAGACCAGACUGACAAAGAAUUUGAAAAUACUCAAAGAGCCCAGUAUGAAGAAAACAUUGAGACAGGCACAGAUAGUAGUGAUAUUGAAGAGAAUCUUUCUAUUACUCCUAAGAUGGCCCAAAAAACUCCUCCUGAAAGCAGACUGAAUUUUUUAUCAUGUGUAGUUUGUGAGAAAGAAUGUACAGGUGCUAAUAGUUGUGUAUCAUGUGAUAGAGGUGUCCACGCAGUCUGUGGAGUGCCCUCUCAACAUGAGACUGAGGGUUAUUGUCAUAGAGUAACUUGUAGUCUUUGCUGUGAGACCACGACAACGAAAAGGAAACAUGAUGAAAUUUCAAAAAGUUUGACUGCUCAACCUUCCAAAAUGUUGAAGCCAUCAGAGACACCAUUUUCACCAGACAAAGUAGGAGAUUGGAUGGCAAAACAAGCUUCAUUGGACUUUUUUGUAAAGAAAAGGCACUCCUUUUCUGAAUACGGCAGUAGUAGUAAAAGAAAUGGUAACAAUGGAAGUCAUCCUGAAGAACUGAAAACCAAAAGAGUUCAUGCUAGUUUUACCCGGAAGUAUGAUCCUUCAUAUAUCGAGUUUGGUUUUGUAGCUGUUAUUGAUGGUGAAGUGCUGAAACCACAAUGUAUUAUUUGUGGAGAUGUACUGGCUAAUGAAGCAAUGAAACCAUCGAAACUUAAGCGGCAUCUAUAUUCAAAACAUAAAGAAAUAAGUUCACAACCAAAAGAAUUCUUUGAAAGAAAGAGUAGUGAAUUGAAAAGCCAACCAAAACAGGUGUUCAAUGUUUCUCAUAUAAACAUUAGUGCUUUGCGGGCUUCUUAUAAAGUAGCACUUCCGGUGGCUAAGUCUAAAACACCAUACACAAUUGCCGAGACCCUAGUGAAGGACUGCAUCAAAGAAGUUUGCUUGGAAAUGUUGGGUGAAUCAGCAGCAAAGAAGGUAGCUCAAGUACCACUUUCCAAUGACACCAUAGCGCGACGUAUUCAGGAACUGGCUAAUGAUAUGGAAGAUCAACUCAUAGAACAAAUAAAACUAGCCAAGUAUUUUUCAUUGCAACUUGAUGAAUGCAGAGAUAUUGCUAACAUGAUCAUUCUUUUAGUAUAUGUGAGAUUUGAACAUGAUGAUGAUAUAAAGGAAGAAUUCUUCUUUUCCGCCUCUUUACCAACAAACACAACUAGCUCAGAACUGUAUGAAGCUGUGAAGAAUUAUGUUGUCAACAAAUGUGGUUUGGAAUUUAAGUUUUGUGUGGGAGUGUGCUCUGAUGGUGCAGCUUCAAUGACAGGAAAACAUUCUGAAGUGGUCACCCAGAUUAAAGAACUUGCACCAGAAUGUAAAAUAACACAUUGCUUCAUUCAUCGAGAAAGUCUUGCCAUGAAAAAAAUAUCACCUGAACUAAAUAGUGUGCUUACUGACAUAGUAAAAAUUGUGAAUUAUGUAAAAUCUAAUGCAUUAAGCUCAAGAUUAUUCUCUUUAUUAUGUGAUAAUAUGGAAGUUGAUCAUAAGCAACUCUUGCUGCAUGCUGAGAUACGGUGGUUAUCACGGGGAAAAGUUCUAUCAAGAAUGUUUGAAAUACGAAAUGAACUCUUAGUAUUCCUGCAAAGCAAGAAACCAGUUUGGUCCCAGCUUUUCAAAGAUGUGAAUUGGACAGCCAGACUUGCUUAUUUAUCUGAUAUCUUCAGUAUUUUUAAUGAUCUUAAUGUGUGCAUGCAAGGAAAGAAUGCAACAUGUUUUUCAAUGGCAGUUAAGAUUGAAGGACAAAAACAAAAGUUAGAAGCUUGGAAAAAAAGAGUUUCUACCAAUUGUUAUGAUAUGUUCCAUAAUUUAACAACAAUUAUAAAUGAAGUAGGUAAUGAUCUUGAUAUUGCACAUCUGCAAAAAGUUAUCAAUGAUCAUCUUACAAAUUUGUUAGAUUGUUUUGAAUUGUAUUUUCCAUCGAAAGAAGAUCCACGCAUAGGAAAUUCAUGGAUACAAAAUCCAUUUCUUUCAUCAAAAGAUAAUUUAAAUUUAACUGUAACCCUACAGGAUAAGUUGUUGAAGCUGGCUACUGAUGAAGGAUUGAAAAUGAAUUUUGAAAAUACAGCAUCACUUGCUUCAUUUUGGAUAAAAGUUAAAAAUGAAUACCCUGAACUUUCUGAGAUUGCUUUAAAAUCUCUUCUUCUUUUCCCCUCAACAUACCUCUGUGAGACUGGGUUCUCUACUUUAAGUGUUAUUAAAACAAAACAUAGAAACAGUUUAAAUAUACAUUAUCCCCUGAGAGUAGCAUUGUCAUCAAUCCAACCUAGAUUAGACAAAUUAACAAGCAAGAAGCAAGCUCACUUAUCACAUUAAAACUUUAAAUAUUGAUUUAUAAGGUGUUACUUCAAAGUAUGUAUAUAGGCAUUAUGGGAGUAUGAAAAGUAUGAUUAAAUUACCAAUUCUCUACAUAAUUGCCUAUAUGUACACUUUCAGCUAAGAAAGUGUAUAGUUUUUAUAAUCCUUUUAUUUCUCCCUGUUAUAUUUGUUAUAUUUAUUAAGAUGUAAUUUUAAAUCUGUUAAUUCUAAUAUUAAAAAAUUUGGUCUUGUAUUUUGUAUGUCUUUUUAUUAUUGUAUUUCAUUAGGAUAUUAAGAUUGUAAGAUGACUUCAGGAUGGGGAAUAAUUUCUUUGAAAUGGCGGACUUGAUCAGUGAAGGGAAGUGAAUUCAAGGGGUAGAAUUAGAAUUCAAAUGCAAGGGAGGGGGUCAAUAAGAUGAUAAGCUUGUUAAGCUGAUCCUUAGUGGUUUGGUUGGAAGUUGAUAAUAAGUUUGUUUUGUAGGUGCAUGUUUAGACACAGUGUGUAAGUAGGUAAGUGUAGGGGGAAACUGUCAAUACUUACAAAAGCCCAAAUGUGAAACAACCCAAAUAUCCAUUCACAGAAUAAAAUGUACUAUGUUUAUUCAACAGCUGGAAUACAUUGGUGAAAAUUAGUUAUUGUGGAGGGAAUUCUGGGGGGUGAUGAAAUAUUCUAUAUCCUGUUUGUGGUGGUGUUUACUAUUAGCCAUAUGCAAAGCUGUCAAUCAAGAUCUCAGAUGAGGGUUGUACAGGGGAGUACUACAUUGUUUUUACUCAGUUAACUGCGAUUUCAUCUUUCAUCCUUUCCCAUACUCAGCCCAAAUACAUAGCAACAAUAUACUGACUGAAUUUCCACAGUUCCCACACUACCCCAGCUUAUUUUUACAAAAUUGAUACUCAUGUUUCCCAAGCUGUGAGCUUAAAAGCCACAAAAUGGAACAUUUUCAGCAGA